CUAAACAACACACUUUUCCGUGUGUUUGCCAUUUGAUUAUUGCCCAUCUUUUCUGUAUAUUUAUUUAUAUGGUGUCGGCCCACAUUUUUUUUCUACCUUCUUUCCUCUAUCGCCGCGUAUCACACCCCAAAUAUAUGACCAAAUCACUAAAAAUAUUUUACAAGCAUUUUCCCAUCCAGUAACUUAACUGCGCUCCUUUCCUCAUUUUUUUUGCCUCCUUUAAAACCUUGACUUGUUCUUAUCGAUGACAUUACUAUUUUUUGUGAUUCUUGUCUCUCUAACUUAGAGUUAGUUUAUUUUUGAUAAAGAGAAUUCCUUUUAAUCAAUCGCCCAGGUUAGAAUUGCCGGAUACAUAGUUGUGGGCUUAAAUCAAGCUUGAUAAACACCGAACGCAAAGCUUAGGAAUCAGGGUUGUAGAUACGGAUAUUCGGAUCUGAGAAUUACCAGAUAUAUGAGUGUAGGUGAAAGCCACGAGAGUGAGAGAGAAGAGAAUUAGCGAGACCCACUCUGUCACAAAAAAUUUUUUUCGGUUCCCGAUCCUGAUAUCCGAAUAUUUCAAGGAUCCGCCAACCUUAGAGGAAAGGUUGAGAAGCUUAGAAAAGCUAGGAAUUAAUAUAAAAAUCUAAAAACACAUCUUUGACUUUUAAACAGCCUUUCCAUCCUGAUCUUCACUUUUCUCUUAAAUUCGAUUUCAAUUUGAUUUCAAUCUGGUUCAGUAAGUGAACCGUCUUUACUGUCUUUAUUAUUUAAUUCUUAUCGUGUUUUGAUCAACUCUUAGUUUAAUUUAUUUAUUAUUGACAGAGUAUACUUAGUUAAAAGUAUGGUUAAAACUUCUGAACCCAGUACAACAUUAUUAGAUAAUAAUGGUGAUCCAAUCUGCAGAUCUCAUCAAGCUUCAGAUGAUGAUGCGAGUAAUGCAAACGACUUUAAUAAAAAGUCACUAAAUGGAGGUAAUACUUCCUUCUUUGACUUACCCGGAUCGUCCAUUAAUUCAACUACUAAUACCUCUACCUCCACUUCUUCAGGGCAUUUAACUGUUGAGAAAUAUAUUCUUCAAUUGCAGCAAAAAGAUGAAAGGAUUCGCACUUUAAAAGACGAAAACAAACGGUUACGCUCUACACUCCUUUCCAAGACUAGCGAGUUUCAAAUUCGAGUGGAUGAGUUGGUUACGGAGUUGGAAAGACAAGCUGAGAUUGUCAAAAAGCUUCAGAAUGAAUUGGCAGUAUGUCGAAGGAAUGCUGCUAAUAAUACUUACAAUGAGAGUGCUCCGAGGGACCUUCCAAAAAAAUUGUCGGCUUCCGGAUCAUUUAUUCCACACAAUCCUUCCUAUGUCUCUCCCAAAUCAACAAAUACCUCUCCUUAUAAAAAUAUCCGAACAAAUGAUCUACAAACUGACGAUAUUUUGGCCAAAUUACAAAGCUUUAAUGAAAGAAAUGGGGUUGUAGAUGUUCAAAAACAACAACAACAAAUUAUUUUGGGUUCAAAGAAAAAGAAAUCUUCCCUAAAAAGUCCACCAAUAAUUCAAAAACAACAAAGUUGUGAAGUCCCUUUAAUUUUUCAGAAUGGUAGGGAUUUUGGAUUUUCAUAA